CCGGAAGUGACAGCAAUAGAUCGAGGCAAAACAGAAAUAACACUGGUUAUCGACAGUCGCUGGGUGCAAGGAAGGCAGACGUAUUCUCUCGACGAGCACAAUUUUUAUGUUUUUAGAAGCAGUUAAGCUACCCAGCGGUUGUUCCAUGAUUUUAAGAAUGCCCUGUUUUUCAGCCGAGAGGCGAACACGAACCACUUCGGUGUUUUUUGCUGCCGUUGUGCUGUGCAUUAGCUUUGUUAGCCUGGCAGAAUGCCAAACAACUCCACCACCAGCAAUUCCCUGUUCUGCCUACAAGAAUUGUGACACUUGUGUUCCACAUGCAAAGUGUCUGUGGUGCUUCACCACCAACAACUGCACAGAUUACCCAGUGAGCUGGUUGCUGCCUCCAGCGUCAGUGUGCUAUUUGUCCCAGGCCCGUUGGGGAGUGUGUUGGCUGAACUUUGAAGCUCUGAUCAUUGCCUUGGGUGUGCUGGGUGGAACCAUCCUCAUCAGUAUUGCUGUAUGCUGCUGCUGCUGCUGCUGCAAGAAGCGUCAAUCAGGGCCUGAUAGAGAUGAGGAGAGAUUUGCCAGAAGGAGAGAGGAGAUCAAACAGCGUGCUGAAGAACGGUAUGAAGGAGGAAUGGCCCAGGAAUUGUCCCACCUUUAAGCCAGCAGUGGAGGCAGUCACAGAGCUGAAUCGAUGUCUGUGCAGAAGAGAGAGCUGGCUCAGCGGAACAGACACUGACCAACACCAACCCUGCUGUGUUACACAUUGCACCUUUGAUUCCACAAUGCUGGAAUGCCAUCUAAAAUCACACACUGGGGUGGCAUUAUGCUGACUUAGUGUGGUUCUAGUACUGACCAGAUGAAUGGGACUGAUAAACUCAGAAACUCUAUCCCAGCUGACAGUUCAAAAAGUUAUAUUCCAGAACAGAACUAUAUAUAGAGGCACAUUCAUGGGUCAUACAAGGGCAGAAUGUUCUCACAGUGAAGAAUCCCACACUCACUGAUUUUGGGUAGCUCCUUCGCAGCAAGUUUUUGCUUUAUUUUUAAUUAAUUACUCACUGUUAACUUGCCAGGCUCCUGCCACCACUACAGUAUCUGCCUCUUGCUAUUUUUGUGUGUCCUCACAGUGCCUGAAAGAAAUAAAGAAGGAAACAGCUGUGUCUGACUAUAUUGAUUAAACCCUGAAGUCAAAGAGCAGAACCUUAAAUGGCUUCUGGAAGUGAGGAUGUGUGCUGCCUUCAGAUCUGCCUCAGCAUUUCUGCAAAUGAGUGUUGGAAAAGAUUCCUUCCUCUCCUUGCUUUGUCCUGCCUCCCUUUUUUCUCUUUCCUCACUUUACACUUGUUGAAUGCAGCCAUAUUUAUGUGGAGGGAGUUUGAACAUGUCAGUCAAUUUGUUGCAUACAAGCUGGCAGCAGGGCGGAGGGACAGAUGGCAGGCAGAGCUCAGCCACCCUGAUUGCUCACAGAUCACUACCUGGCAAUAAAACACUGACUGAUUUACACCAACUCUUUUGUGAUGAGAUGAAGUGAAGUGACGCCCAUGGAGAUCCAGAACAUAAAACCUCCUCCCAAGUUUUUAUUACUUCUCAAAAAGGCUGAAUGUGGAGGGGCAGGUCUGAGAGUAUGUCAGAGCACUAAAAUAACCAGAUAAGAGCUCAGACGGUGAAGGAUCCAGAGAUGGACGUAACUCUUAAAAGUCAAUUCAAAGACUUUGUGCUUUGCUACCAGGUGCAUCAAAGUCUGCAAGGAGUGAAAAUAUGAAUUAACACUCCACAAAAGCCAGAGUUUAAAUGCCAUUAUCCAGAAGGAAUGCAUCUUUAUUAUCAUACAUAGUUUGCUGUUAUGGACAAAUUGUGCAGGAUAUUUUCUCAUGUCGUUAUUUUUUUGGAUUCUUAGUCCAUAUUGUAUAUUGUUGUGUUUCAAUGAUGUUUUGUACAAUUGACACAGUAAAUAAAUGGACUGCGUAGA